GAAGCGUUGCGAGGAUUCCGAAAACACCUGGGAACCGGAGAAAAAUCUCAACUGCCAGGAUCUUCUGGAGAAAUCUGCACGCGAGGAGGGCGAGAAGCGGGUCAGCCACGACAAGCGAACAUGGAUCGGGUCGUAGAAGAUGGGGGGCCCUCCGGUGAUUCAGGCCAAACGAACGAAGGCCAAAAACGGAUUCAAAAAGGUUACGUGGCGGAGAAGUUGGAAGGAGUGCCCGAAGAGGACGGCGAACGGACGUUCCUGGUUCGUUGGAAGGGAGUCGACGAGGUGGAACUGGUCCAGUCCAGGAUGGUCCGCCUGCACGUUCCGGCGCUGGUGAUUUAUUUCUAUGAGAGCCGUAUCAUCAACGCGGCCAAGAUAAGCGUGCAGUAGAAGUUUAAGUGAUACAAUGUUGAAGA